GCGCCGCCGCCGCGCAGAGCAGCAGCAGCGGCAGCGGCAGCAGCCGAGCCCCAGCGGCAGCCCCGGCCCGCAGCGGCGGCGGAGCGGCGGCGGGAGGCGGCCCGGGGGCGGCGUUCCUUGUGGGGAGCCUGCAAGAACCUUCAGUAGAGCUGCUAACACUGAUGAGAGAUCUUUUAUGCCAAGGUCGUCGCUCUCUGAACAGCCCACACCAUGCGUGAGUACAAGCUGGUGGUCCUUGGUUCAGGAGGUGUGGGCAAGUCUGCUCUGACUGUACAGUUCGUUCAGGGAAUUUUUGUUGAAAAAUAUGACCCAACAAUAGAAGAUUCAUACAGAAAGCAAGUGGAAGUGGACUGUCAGCAGUGUAUGCUGGAGAUCCUCGACACAGCAGGGACAGAGCAAUUCACAGCCAUGAGGGAUCUGUACAUGAAGAAUGGGCAGGGGUUUGCACUAGUAUAUUCUAUCACAGCACAGUCCACGUUCAACGACCUCCAGGACCUGCGGGAACAGAUCCUCCGGGUGAAGGACACCGAGGACGUUCCCAUGAUUCUGGUUGGCAAUAAAUGUGACCUGGAGGAAGAACGAGUCGUGGGCAAAGAGCAGGGGCAGAACUUAGCACGACAGUGGUGUAACUGUGCCUUUCUAGAAUCAUCUGCAAAGUCGAAAAUCAACGUAAAUGAGAUCUUUUAUGACCUGGUCAGACAGAUAAAUAGAAAAACACCAGUGGAAAAGAAGAAGCCUAAAAAGAAAUCAUGUCUGCUGCUUUAGACUCCCAUCAUGCAGCAGCUCUGAGCCAGAUUGCAGGAAUGAAGAACUGUUGCCUAAGUGGAAAGUGCCAGCAUUCCCAACUUCAGAACCUUAUGGAAAUGAGUAACAUAUCGGAAGAAGCUUCUCUGUUUUUUAUAUCCUACGGGAAGAAUUUAGAUCUUAAAAUGGUUUGCACACAGUCCCUGGAAAAAGCAGUUGCUCUGUGUAUAUCUCUUGGAAAUUAAAGCCAAUAUUCCUCCUCCUUUGCAAUAGCAAUUAACAGAUGUGAAAAUAAAUAUAAUUGACUCUAGCAUAUGAUUAUCCCAAGGAGCAUGGAUGCAUUUCAAAUGUUAGAGAUUGCUACUAUAAUUAAAUUCAUAUUGACCAUUUUAUCAUAAUUUCUCCCCAUCAAGCACUAAAAAUGUUCCACUGUUAUAUUUUAUAUCUAUAACUAUAGAUAUAUAUUAUCCAAAAUUUCCCUUUGAACUCACUGCAACAAAUAACUUUUUGAGUCAUUGACUUCAUUUUAUAUUUAAAAGUUACGGAAUAUCAUUAUUUUCAUUCUGCCAUUGUAUUCUAAUUAAAAAUGUUUGUGCAUAAUGCUUUGGAAAAAUGGGUCUUUUAUAGGAAAAAAACUGGGAUAACUGAUUUCUAUGGCUUUAAAAGCAAAAAUAUAUAAUAUACUAAACCAACUCUAAUAUUGCUUCUCGUGUUUUACUGUCACAGAUUAAAUUACAGCUUUUAUGAAUGAUUAAAUUUUAGUACAUUUUCA